AUGAAGAAAGAUGGAGGAUUGCAAUUAAUAUCAUAAAUUAUAGAACCUGUUGGAUUUUUAAGUCAUUUUAUUAAAAUAAUGUAGCCAACAAUUCUUGUAAGACCUUAACACUAAGAGUGAUGGAUAUCUUAUUCUUUUAUUAAAAAGAACCUUUUGUAUAACAGGUCUUAAGAUUAUUCAGAUAGAAAUUUAUUAACUAAUUUAUAAAAAUUAGGAUAGUUUUUAGUAAAAAGAAGAACAGAAUAUAUUUAGAAUUAAGGAUGGCUACAAAGAAAAGAAAGAAUAAGAAUUUAUUAAUUUAAAAAUUUGAUUAAAAGAGUGCUCAAAUUUAAUAAGGGAUUAAGAAAUAUGUUUUGAAUAAGGGAUUCUAGAAAGAUUUUAUUUUCGUUAAAUUCAAAAAUGGUGCAAAAUAGAUAAUGUCAUAGUUAGCACCAAUGUAAUUGUUUCAAAAAAGAUAGAUAGAUUCAAUAUGGGAUAUUAUAGUAAUGAUUUAUGAAUACCCUUUCGAUUUUCAUGAAAAACUUAUUUUUAUAGCUAAGGAGAAUCAACCAAAAUUUAUAUCCUUCAAUAAUCUUAAUUAUAAUAAUAAGUUUUAAGAGAAAUUCAAGAAAAGGUAAAUUAUAAAGAGAUGGUUAAGUAGUAGUCAAUCAUUAGAGAUAAAAAUAUUUAAAAUAAUUUUUGAUGAGGUGAUAGGUUAUUUCAGAGAAGAAUAUUAUAAGGUUACUAAUAAAUAUGAAUCAGACAUAUAAAAUUAAUCAGACAUAGAUGAAACUGAUGAAAUCUCUAAUAAAUCAAUCCUAAAGCAGAUUUAAAAUUUUCAAAAUGUUAGCUAUUCAGAAAUCUGA